UGAGGAAGUACAGCUCCGGCGGGUUUCGGAUGGCCCAGCUGCAAAGAGCCUGGCGGCGAUGGCCGGUACUGUGUCAUAUUGUGCAGGGUCCGCCCUUGGUUACGGCUAUGCUGAGGGUCUGGAAGACUACAAAGACUUCUUUAAUAGACAGGAUCUACAAUCAGCACCAUCCCAACAUGGUGCCAACUCCGAAUCAAAAAUCCCUCACAGAAAUGCUGAAAAAUGAAGGAAAAGAAAAUGAUUUAAAGAAAUGAUUUUGAACUGUAAGAAGCUCCCAACUGAAGCUACAGAUGCUGAGAGAAUUCACCAGAAAAAACUCCUGAGAGAAAAGCCUAAAAGCUAAGAGCAGGGGUUUCACUGCAGCAGAAGACUCCAUUGAAUCUCCCUUGGAAGUCCAGCUUCAGCAAGCAGAGUUUAUUGCCUGCAAGGUCUUCAGGGUCCAGUAUUGAAUCGGUACAGGACAGACAAAAACACUUGUUGACUCGGGGACUUCCAAAGCAAAAAGUGAUUCCAGGAGUGAAGCAGGUUAUUGUUGUAGCCUCAGGAAAAGGAGGUGUUGGAAAAUCAACUACUGCAGUGAAUUUGGCUCUGGGAUUAGCAGCUAACAAUUUGGUUGUGGGGCUGCUGGAUGCAGAUGUGUAUGGUCCGUCUAUACCACGUAUGAUGAAUUUAAGAGGAAACCCAGAGUUAACAGACAGCAACUUGAUGAGACCCUUGGUAAAUUUCGGGAUUGUCUGCAUGUCAAUUGGCUUUCUGGUAGAGGAAGCUGCACCAAUUGUUUGGAGAGGUCUCAUGGUUAUGUCAGCAAUACAAAAACUAUUGAGACAGGUUGACUGGGGUCAACUAGAUUACCUUGUGAUAGACUUGCCUCCUGGCACAGGGGAUGUGCAACUUUCCAUCUCUCAAAAUAUUCCUAUUUCAGGAGCAGUUAUUGUUUCCACUCCCCAGGACAUUGCUUUGUUGGAUGCACAAAGAGCAGCAGAAAUGUUUCGAAAAGUUAAGGUUCCUGUUCUCGGUAUUGUUCAAAACAUGAGUGUCUUCCAGUGUCCCAAGUGCAAGUAUGAGACUCACAUCUUUGGGGCUGAUGGAGCAAAGGCGUUGGCAACAAAACUUGGGCUAGAUGUCCUAGGUGACAUCCCAUUACAUUUAAAUAUAAGGGAAAUGUCAGAUAAAGGCCAACCAAUUGUUGUAUCUUAUCCAGACAGUCCAGAGGCCAAGGCCUACCUGAGACUUACUGCAGAGGUGGUGAAAAGACUGCCAGCACCUCAUGGGUGAGCAAUGGGUAGUUCCAAUCUACGGCAUCCAAGUCUGUUUCCAGUUAUAUUUUGUCUCAAGUACGCAGUUUAAAGACUUGCUGUGAAGCAGAAUAUUUAGGUGGAACACGUGAUGACUGCAGGAAAUGUAGUAACAUUCUGAUCGUACACAGAAACACCUGAUUUUAUAUUUGGCAUCAAGAAGACUAACUGCUGUUUGUGAUGAAGUGAGAAGUAUUCACUGACUGAAGUUGAAAUUGUUAAUUAUUGUACUGAUAAAUAAAAGGCAACCAAAAUA